AUGAUUGCGGCUGCAAGUGAUGCAAUCUGGGACAAUGGUGGUGCAUGUGGAACAAGGUAUAGUGUCAUUUGCCUUAGUGGGACCAACCUGGGCGAGCCCCACCCCUGCAACGGCAACUCGGUCAUUGUGACGAUUGUCGAGUACUGCCCGCCACCUGGAUGCCGAGGCACUCUCGACUUAUCACAGGAAGCUUUUUCCUCCAUUGCCAAUCCGGAUGCUGGCAAAAUAAACAUAAACUUUGAGAGCCUAUGA